AUGAAAUCAGAGAUUAUUCUAACUUUAUUAUUCGUUUCAGCGUUGGCAACUGUUGAGAGAGAUGCAAAUCAAGAAGCACUAGAAGGAGUCUGGUCCUAUUUUAAUAAAAAAGGACCAUUUACAGUCUCCAAAUGCGGCUCUGACUAAGACCACAAGGAUGCCUUUUUAUUUACAGGUUAUUUCUUAAGAAAAGCAGACAUUGGCUCAACUUCUGAAAUUAAUCCAUUGAUUGCCGAAGCUGAAUAAUUCUACUAUUCUUUGCCACUUGAGACCAGAAACUGCUUUGAAAGCAACGAAGAAGCAAUUGAACUUGGCAAAUUCUUGGGACUUGAGUAAUAUACUCAAGAUGAACUAAAAGAUAAGGUAUCUAGUUGGGUAGGAAGUCAUUUCUUUAUUUAUAAAAGACUAAUCAAAGCAGCUGGCAAUGAUUGGAAUAAUUGGAAAGAUUAUAAAUUAACCGGAAAAGACUUGGCUGAAUUAUUACAAAGAAUUCUAACUGACUCUAUAGAAUGAGUCAUCAUCAUAAUAAAAAUAAAUAUGUUAAUAUUUAUCUA